AACAUUGUUAAAAUAUGCAAUACAUGUGCAUGGUGCCAUUGUUUCAUAAACCCGGUAAACAACAAUUAACACGCCUGGGAAAAUCCAUCUCAGCUUUUCUGCAGGUGACCUUGAUGUUAAAUUGUAGAAAGAGGAGCGAUCACAGCUUGGGAAUAGGGAAUUUCCACAUUGACACAAGGGAGGAGAGAACCUGUUGCUCUGUCAGUGUGUGUAACUGUAUAUCAGGAAGGGGCAUCGUAUCAUUCACCAGCUUACAGCUCAAGUGACUGCUAUGGCUGCAAGCAGGAACCUGGCUGUGUCCCUUGUCCUCAUCUUCAUUGUACUUGUGACUGCUUCACAAGCAUUUGGGAUGUUCAGUUGCUGCGUCCGUUACACUCCUAAGAAGCUCAGUCUGAAAGCAAUUGAAAACUUCUACACGCAAGAUUCCAGGGGGGUCUGUAACAUUGAUGCUGUGAUUUUCACAGUCCGGCGUCCUUGUAAAUCGAAAAAUAAAGCUCCAAUCCAAGUGUGCGCAGACCCCACACAGAUAUGGGUUCAACGCAUCAUGGCACAUUUUGAAAAUCCUACCAAGCUCCGGAAAUUGAAGAAUCAACAUAAGAAAUGCAAACGUCAGAGAAAAACGUAUGGUUAAAACAGUGCUGGGCUGGAUGAUGAAGUCCACCAUGGCGUUCCUUAUACAGCAGCCAAAUAUAACUAUUAUCUACACAUUCCUUUGCAUACUAAGUAGCUCUUCCAUUGUCUUUGCUUUGAAAGGUUAGGCAGGGGGGUGGGGCUGGGGGUGUUAUGGUUAGGCUGCGGAAGGGUUGGGUGAGGGGUAGGGGCAAUGGCACUGUGAGGGGAGUGGGUACUCUUACCUGGCAGCAGCACUCCUCAGCCCAGCAAACGCCACAGUGUGGCCAGGGAGGCUGCUGCGGAGUCUCCUCCACCUGUGCGGGUGGGGGAAGCACCACCCUCCUGCAUUUGCCCCAUGUUGAGCAGAUCACUGUACCCCCCCCCUGUUCAGCGCGCAGUGCCACUUAGCGGAGCAUACAUUCCCCCCUAUAUAUUGUCUAAGGGGGCGUGGCCAUGCCCCCCCAAAAAAGUACCUGGGCCCGGCUAGCUCUCUACAGCCCUGGGUAGGGGUAGGGUGUGGGUUAAAAUACUGGAAUCUGUCAGCAUUCUGAACGUUGGGAUUCCGCUGGUUGGGAAACUGAUAAGAGUCACCUGGACAUGGAACAUCUCUGUAACAGCUAGUCUAGCCUUCAUUUCAUAAAGUGACACAUACAGUAGAAGAUAAAAUGUAUAGAAUGUGGGAGCUGUGGACCAGGAAAAGGCUUGACCAGUCCCCAGCACCACUCGGAUGAUGGCUGGCUCAGCAUCAUGGCACAAAGAUUGUAAAGUCGACAGUUUUUUGUUUCUUUUGAAACUAAAUCUGUGUUCUUUCUUUCGAUUCAUAUUGCAUCAUAUAUGUAUUAUAGCUUGUAAAGCUGUGAAGGACCAUUCAUUGACUUUGUUCUCAAACGUUUUCUUUUUUUUUUUUUAUAAAGAAACAAUUGUAUAAUAAAUUGAUAAAUUGUAUUGUCAGCAAAAUCCUCAGAUUAUUAAAUUCUGUUUCUUAGUUUCUGGGGGAUGUUUAAGGAUUAAUUUAAAUAAACUUUUUAUACAUUA